AUGCCACAAUCGCCUUUUAUGCCACGUCAACAUGGGUCUCGACUUCCGUUUCAUCAACAAAAAGCGUCUCAUGGCAACCGAAUAGCCUUCAAUAAGCGUUGGAUCCUCCGGUGUACCGUCAUCUUUGUAUUCGUCUUUAUGGUCAUUCGCCAAUGGACGAGCACCUCAUCUAUGCUUUCAAGCUAUGGAAGGGCGAGAGGAGAUCUAGACAAUGCAUACCUUGCAGAGUUGAACGUUGCCCGUAACGUCAAGGUCAGCCCACCACAAGCAGAGCGUAUACCCAAGAUUGUUCACUUUAUUCACGGCUUACGCGGGCCUGAGCCGACGCUCGACUUGAUCCAUUAUCUUGCCAUCAAAGCAGCCCACGACGUUGUACGACCAGAAACCAUCUAUCUUCAUUAUCAUUAUAUGCCUGUGGGUGAAAUGUUUGAACGCGUACGUCCCAUGGUGACAUUGCGUCAAGUACCUUUGGUGGAGAACAUCUUUGGUCGCCCUGUGUCCCACUAUGCACAUCGAGCUGAUAUUGUACGAUUGGAAGCAUUGAUGGAGUUUGGUGGCAUCUACUUUGAUUUGGAUCUCUUUGCACUCAAACCAGUGGAUCAUUUAUUGGAUCAAGAAUUCGUCAUGGGUCAAGAAGGUGUUGAUGGAUCAUCCGGUUUAUGCAAUGCAAUGAUGAUGGCCAAACCCAAUGCAAGAUUCCUCCAACGAUACUACGCUACCUAUUCCUCAUUCGACAGCUCUCAAUGGAACUACCAUUCAGUUGUAUUACCAGCCAAGCUCGCACCCCACUUCAAAGACGAGAUCACGGUCCUCGAUUACAAGGCAUUCUUUUGGCCAUUGUGGGAUUCAGUUGGAUUACGCACAUUGUAUUUGGAAAAGACCUAUGAUUUCUCUGACAACCUCGGCAUCCAUAUUUGGGAAUCUCCCUCGAAUAAGCAUUUAAUGCAAGGUGUCACAGAGGAGACCAUGCUCAACGUCGACAAUAGCCUUUAUUGCAUUCUUCGCCCAUUUGUCCUUAAUGGUCGUCCUGAUCCACGUCCCAAUGCAUGCCGUAUCCUUGCGCAUUCGAAUCGUCACGACAUGAUGAUUGGCCAUUGGUCUUUGGAUCCGGAUGCUGUGACACAAGAUAUCAAUCCUAUGCGUGCAGAUGACGAUUCAGGCAAUGAUCUCGCAGGCUUGAUUCGUAACAGCGAUCACGAUGGAGAUGGUAUCCAUACGACGGGACGUGACAGCUACAUUUUCAUGUCGAUGCCAACCGAGACGAUGAUGGAUAGCAUGAGCGUAAGCUGGUGGAUGAAGACUGAGACAACCAAGGAAAAUGGCACAGCAAUGGUGAUUCAAACGGAUCGUGUCAAGCUCUAUGUUCGUACUGAAUCAACCCAUGAACAUCGUUCGAGCAAACCAGGACGCGAUCCAAUUUCUCUUGGUGUCGGCACUGUCAAAUUGGAGAAUGAUUGGACGUGGCAAGAUGAUCCAGAAUUACUUGUGCAUGCGAAUCAGUAUCCUAUCAAUCAAGAUGACUUUUAUCACCAUUUCAUGCUCAUCGUGGAUCGCAACAAUACACGCCAUUCAAUGGACCCGCCUUUAGCAUUGUAUAUGGAUGGUCAUGUGAUUGCCAGUAAUCAUGCUUGGGAAAUCCCUGUCAUUUACAACACAACGGUGCGUGGCGUAUGGUUUGGAUCAUCGGAACCAGAACGCAGUAAUUAUCAAGAUCCUUGGGACACUCGGCCAAGUUUGGAUGCCUGGUAUCGUGAUAUUCGGAUAUGGGAACGUGCACUAUCCACCGAAGAGGUCCUGUAUUGGGCAUCUCAAAAGCCAAAGUUAUCCUUGCCGUCAACGCCUGUUCCUGAGCCUGAAAACCAACAACAACAACAACAACAACAAUCUACUUUACCCGAUGCGAAAUGGGUGGAUGAAGAAGGAGAAGUGAUUGUAGUCCAAGAUACUAUGGAACAAGAAGAUGAUUCGAAUAACCCAUCGUGGAAUGAAGAAGAAUCACACACCAACCUCAAGUAG